AUGAAGGACUUAUCUUUAUCCAUUCAAUUUCUUUUCUAUCCCCCUCUAGAUAAAUUCAGCAGCCCAGAUUCAAUUGAUGGAUGAAACAAUAAGUCAGUGGUUACUGAAUUUAUUUUGUUGGGCUUGUCUAGCUCUCGAGAACUCCAACUCUUCCUUUUCUUUAUGUUCUGUGUGUUUUAUGAAGCUGCUGUUUUGGGAAACAUCCUUAUCAUCCUCACAGUAAUCACAGACUCUCAUUUGCAUUCCCCGAUGUACUUUCUCCUUAGCAAUCUCUCCUUCAUUGAUGUUUGUCAGGCUACAUUUGCUACUCCCAAGAUGAUUGCAGACUUCCUCAAUGAACACAAGACCAUCACCUUCCAGGGAUGCAUGUCGCAAAUCUUUUUCCUACAUGUCUUUGGGGGUAGUGAGAUGGUGCUUCUUGUUGCCAUGGCCUAUGAUCGAUACAUUGCUAUAUGCAAACCUCUGCAUUACAUGACCAUCAUGAGUCUCAGGGUGUGCACUGUUCUGGUGGGAGUCUCAUGGGCCAUUGGCAUCCUACACUCAGCCAGCCACCUGGCAUUCACAGUCAAUGUGCCUUUCUGUGGACCCAACAAGGGGAACAAUUUCUUUUGUGACCUCCCUCUCGUGAUCAAGCUUGUGUGCUUAGACACCUAUGUUUUGGAGAUCCUGGUGCUCACCAACAGUGGCCUGUUCUCACUUAACUGUUUCCUCCUUUUGCUCACUUCUUACACUAUCAUCCUUGCUACUGUCCAUGGCCAAGCUUCUGGUGGGACAUCCAAAGCUCUCUCAACCUUGUCCACCAACAUCACUAUUGUGGUUCCAUUCUUUGGCCCAUUAAUCUUCAUCUAUAUUUGGCCCUUUGAAAGCUUCCCAAUUGAUAAAUUUAUCUCUGUGUUUUUUACUGUCUUUUCUCCUCUCCUUAACUCCAUCAUUUACACACUGGAAAAUAAAGAUGUGAAGGAAGCCAUGAGGAAGCUAAGGAACCAACAUGUGGGUUCCAAGCAAGUCUUUUGA